AACACUUGUCAACAACUCCCAGAAUUAAAUUACUUUUUGCUUAUAUGAUUAGUUUUUUAGCGUAGGUUAGACCGAAAUACCGUAUCCGUUCUGUGUAUUCAUACUAUUGUGUUCGAGUGGUGCCUACGUUUAGCUAAACCCAAUAGGUGAAUUGCUCAUUAAGAAUGAUGUUCCUGUGCUGGUGUAUCCAGGACUACAUGAAACCAGAGAAAAUUAAUGCAUUCAACAUAGGUAAGAACAGGAGAGUUGAUGUGUAAAACUGCAGCCAAAUAUACUAACUACAUAUAAUUACCACUGUAUUAAUGCUAAAUUAUGAACCAUUCUCAGUUUUAAAAGACGAUUUGUCAGACCAUAGACCAUAGACCUUAAGCUUAUUGAAGACAAGUAACUGCAAUAUAUAAUAUCAUUUGGAGAGGAGAAACAAUGUUGAGCAAACUUUACAAUGCUCUACGAUCGGACGUUCGGUCUAGUGGGAUGGAUGGAGAAACAGAACUCGAUGUAAGAUGUAUAUAUUGUUUGAAGAAAGAAAGACUUUUAAAUUUUGCGGAUCUUAAACGAGCAGACCACAUUUGUAUGAAUGGCCAACACCUCGUUUUUAACUAUGGGGAUAAGCAAGUGUCAGCAUACACGCAUCAUGCAAUUGUUAAGGAUAUUAAUGUUAUCUCUCCUUCCUGUGCUGCUAUUUCUAUAAUACAUUUCUACUCAACACCAUUCGACGUGUCGAUUAAGAUUCGGGAAACUUCAACGCUAUUAGACUUGCAUAUGAACGAAGUUUUCACCAUUCGAUACAGACAUCCUGCACAUAAUGCCGAUAUUGUUAUAAAACGAGCAGAAGGACUUAUAGAGCAAAACAAACUUGCAAACUAUUCAAUAUUGUCUUGUAAUUGUGAAUCUUUCUGUAACUGGUGUUGUGUUGGUAGUGAAGAUAGUUAUCAAUCAGAAAAUGUCAUAGAUAUUUUACGAGCAGUAAGAGGAGCAGCGUUUGCAAAUGUUGGUGGUAAGGUUCUGCGAGUUGUUUGCAAACUUCUCAUGUUGUCACUUGAUGAUCUGUCAAAGGUUGCAGAAGGCGCUCUUUUUGCUGUACCAUGGGGUGUGCUUGGAAUUAUGGCUUUACUCUACCUUAUCCACACAAUUUACCGUCAUUUUCAGUUAGAUAAAGCCAUGAAAGCUGGGAACAUCUGUUCAGCUUGUUGUUUGCGCAAAAAGCAUGACCUAUGGAUUCAGUUUGCUGCAUAUUGUGUUUUGCAGGUAGGUGGUCUUGGCUUGUUGUCAAUGGUCAUAGCUGCAGGAGCUAGUAAAGGUAUUGUAGUUGGGGCUUUGUCUGUUUGUAGUGUUUUGACUUUACUAUGUAUUUCCGUUAUUCCAAAGCUCCGACAGUGGUUUUGUUCACCAUUUCAAGGACGAUUACUGAGAGUAAAGAGCCUGGAAACAAUCAGGGAAGGUGAUGUUAUUUCGUUUGAUAAUUGGAAAAAAUCACACGAUGGAGUCGUAAGCGCUAUCAAUAUUUGUCCAAAUACGAAAAGUAAAAUGGGUCAAAUUACCGUGAUACAUUACUCACUUCCGUCUCUUUUUGGUCGUAGAGUUAUCGUCGAAGAAACCAUUAAAUUUGAUCUUGAAACAGAUUUGAUUUUUAGCCACGAUUACUCUGGAUACACUGUACAUGAACCAGAACUUGUAGUUCAACGGGCAAAACAGAGGCUUGGUGAAACAAAAUUUGGUUUUAUGACAAAUCGUUCGUGUCAUUUUUGUCACUGGGCUAAAGUAAACGAGGAACUGAAUGCUGAAAAUAUUAUCAUUCCGGAAUCAGCAGAGCUCAUGAUGCUUAAUUUGAGAGAGAUUGACCCGAAAGAUACAAUUUCGAAUUUGCCACUUCAAUCUAUACAUGUUGACCAUAUGAGAGGGAGAACGCAUGCAUCGAUGUCUCUUGAAAAAAAAUGGGCACGAAUUAGAGAUGAAAUCAAAGUUGGCCAAAUAGUAGAAUUCAAAUACCGACGUUUCUGGCAUAAAGCUGUCAGUACGAACGUACAUUUUGACAGGCGAAUUUCAGCAAAGGUGAACAUCACUGUCGUCCACUAUGGUGAAAUGGGCAAAGUAUGCGAAGAAAAAUUUACAUUCAACCUCAACGUGGAAGAUGUAUGGGUUUAUAAAUAUCACCCGCUUUACCGUUAUGAAACAAGUGACGUGAUAAGACGUGCACGAGCAAGAAUAGGGGAAGAGAAUUACAAUAUAUUCUUCCAUAGAUCUUCACAUCUUGCAAGGGAAAUCGUAGUCAAGGAAAAAGACCCAGUUGUAUUAGAUAUAGAUGAAAUCAAGUUGGGUGACGUAAUAACGUUCUACUACUGGUCUUUUAGGCAUGAUGCAAUAGUAACAAAAGUCAUCCGUGGUGAUUCUAAAGCCAACACCACUGGCGUUUUGAGGAUAAUUCACUAUGCUUUGAAGGAUCUUUUUGCAGUCCGGACCGUUAGUGAAGAACCUAUGCCUAUUGAUUUGAGGAAAUGUCUUGUGUAUAAGAAAAGUUACGAUGGAUAUGUAACAUACCCGGCAGAUAUUGCUGUAAAGCGAGCUCGUUCAAGACUUCACGAGCAGCGAUUCUCCAUCAAUGGAAACACAUCGUCAGAUCUUGUCCAUUGGGCUAAAGUAGUUCAAAACCCAAUAGUUGUUUCGAAGUCAAAAGAUGAAAAGGAGCUUUUUUCUGGUGUUCAAAAAGACCCAUACCUUCUUGUACCGAAAGCAGGUAUUCAAUGUGAGGAGUUUCAGUACUUUCGUGCUAACUCUUGGUCUGAUUUGUACCCAGGUGUUAUAGUGGAAUAUAGGUAUUACUUAAUCCGGCACCAAGGUAUCCUUUCCUACAAAAACAAGAGUACAAAGACCAUCAAGGUGAUUCACUAUGGCGCAGACCACCUUUUUGCUACUCGAACGAUAAUGGAGGAUACAAUGAAGCUAGACUUGAGGUAUGAUAACAUUUGGAUAUACAGAGGGCACCCAAGACUGUGUUAUAAAGCAGGAGUAGUGCUUGAAAAUGCCAGGAAACGUCUUGGAGAGCAAAAAUGGAAAAGAGGAAAUAGAUCUUGGCACUUCUGUAAAGAUUGCGUGCUUAAGAAAACGAGACAGGAAGUGUAGAUAAUCGCCAGAAGAAAUGUCACACUUGUUUGGUUUCUUCAAUGUUGUAACAUAUUUGGCAUUGUAAAUAUCAGCUCCUGUUUCAUUAUUUUUGGUCUAUGAUGUGAGUCAGUAAUAAAAUUGCCUUAUGAUGGUAAGCAAGUUCCAUUCAGAACAAUCAUAGAAUUUGAUUUAUUGAAGUUUAUUCUUAUUGUUUGUAGAAAAACAAUCAGAAAUGCCUUUUUCAAAAAAGACAGAGCAGAGGUUGUCUUGUUCAAAAUUAUGAAAAUGUCUUUAGAAGCACAUGGGUUCUUCUGUAAGGAUUGUAUGCAUGGAAAGAAGUUAGUGUUGUGAAGUUGUAUGUAACCUAAGCGUUAACGUCGUUCUUGUUUUGAAGCUUUGGAAUUGUUGUAUAUUCAGUAUAGUUAGUUUAUAUAGGUUUGAAAAAACGCUGUGUCAUUGUCAAUGAUAUUGAUCAGUGAUUGCCUGCGUAGCAGUACAUGAAAUUUAACACAUAAUAUGCUAAUUCAGAUUCUGGGUAGAACAAAUAAUGAGAUCUCUGACUUGACCUUCCUACAAAUACAAAUUAAUUUCUGUUGUUAUGUUUCGUUUCUGUGUAAUGUACAUUUGUAUAAACUGUUGGUAAUUGAUAAGUACUGUCCUGUAAACAUUUUGCUGGUCGAAUCAUUUGUCAAACAAAUGACCAGAACUAUUUCAAGUACGUGUUGUACAUGUGAUGGUAUUAAAUUAUCUUUUCUAUGUAAGGUAUACAUUUAUUUGAAUUUAUUUUAUUAUUUGCUUUGAAUUUAUUAUACAUAGCUUUGAGUUUAUGAUAUUUUAAUGCAUGGAGAGAAUGAUAAAUGGAUGUACAGAUGAUAUAUCAAAAGCGCUUGUUCAUCUUUUGUUGAUUUAUGUAAUUUUUUACUUUCAAUGUAUAAAAUAUCUAUGUUGCAGCAGCUUUGAAUUAUAGUAAUGUUAAGUAUUUACUGUUAUGUUAUGUAGGCGUGAGAUGUCAAAA